CACAUUACAAGUCGACAACUCCGACGGUAACGUGAAAAGAGAAUUGUGUGACAUUGAGAGUGCUUGCAGAGUGUGUAUGGCUCAAGGAAGAACUACGAAGUGUAUAUUUGAUAAUGAAAGCGGGAAAAUCUUUGAAAUGAUUCACUUUUGUUCAGGAAUAGAGAUAUCAAAAGGAGAUGGUCUACCGACACGCAUCUGCACAAUCUGCCUAGGAAACUUGACCAUAGCGCACAAAUUCAAAACUACCUGCAUAAUAUCUAAUGAAACUUUUCAGAAGUUUCUUAUUCCACAUAUCAAAGAAGAGCCUGACAACAUAUUACCUAACAAUGAUGUUGAAAGUGAUGACAAUGAUCAGAAUGAACAUGUUGACAAAGAUGAUCAGGACCAUGACGAGCUGGAUGACCAGACUGAUGAUAAAUAUGACAAUAUAAUUAAAAUUUUAAAGCUUAAUUGUAGAAGAAGUGAAAGGAUCACAACAGUGAAAACUGAAAAACAAAUAAAAAAAGAAAAUGCUUCAGAGAUAACUCAAGCUAGAACGAAGCGUCGAUACACAAAAGCCAAUGGAGAGACAAGGAUCAAAAGACAAAACAAAAACAAAUUUACAAGGCUAACUUGUAAAAUUUGCGAUCUUAAGUUUGACAAUAAGGAGGAGUGCGCGAAACACAACCAGAGUUGUCAUAAGGACAGCCUUAGCUUCAUUUGUGAGGUGUGUGGAAAGUUUUUCACUCAUCGUUCGUCGCACUAUUCGCACUUGAAGUCCCACCUACCACCACAAUAUUCAUGCAGCCUCUGCGACUACACCACAUGGUACAAACACGAUCUGGCCAAACACGUCCGGAUACAUAAUGGUAAUUUUCUAUGUAAACAUAUGUGGCUACCGCGGUUCACUCUCACUCAAUGAUCUUAUACACAAGAUAAUGAAGUACG